CACGGGCCGCAGGAAACAAUAGAGGCCGCGCGCGCGGAGCGAGCGCCCGUCGCCUCCCCGUGCCUCCUGCAACGCACGACCCCGGGAUCCCCAAACCCCUCCCGGCUCGCCUACCGCCAUGGCUGACAAGGAAGCUGCCUUUGACGACGCGGUGGAAGAACGUGUGAUUAACGAGGAGUACAAAAUAUGGAAGAAAAACACCCCUUUUCUUUAUGAUUUGGUGAUGACCCAUGCCCUGGAGUGGCCCAGUUUAACUGCCCAGUGGCUUCCAGAUGUUACCAGGCCCGAGGGGAAAGAUUUCAGCAUUCAUCGACUUGUCCUGGGAACACACACAUCGGAUGAACAAAACCACCUGGUGAUAGCCAGUGUCCAGCUCCCUAAUGAUGAUGCUCAGUUUGAUGCUUCACACUAUGACAGUGAAAAAGGAGAAUUUGGAGGUUUUGGCUCUGUCAGUGGGAAAAUUGAAAUAGAAAUCAAGAUCAACCAUGAAGGAGAAGUAAACAGGGCUCGGUACAUGCCCCAGAACCCUUGCAUCAUUGCAACAAAGACUCCGUCCAGCGAUGUGCUUGUUUUUGACUACACAAAGCAUCCUUCUAAACCAGAUCCUUCUGGAGAGUGCAACCCAGAUUUGCGUCUCCGCGGACAUCAGAAGGAAGGUUAUGGUCUUUCUUGGAAUCCAAAUCUCAGCGGGCACUUACUCAGUGCUUCAGAUGACCAUACCAUCUGCCUAUGGGACAUCAGUGCAGUUCCAAAGGAAGGAAAAGUGGUGGAUGCAAAGACCAUUUUCACCGGGCAUACAGCAGUAGUAGAGGACGUUUCCUGGCAUCUGCUCCACGAGUCUCUGUUUGGGUCAGUUGCUGAUGACCAGAAACUUAUGAUUUGGGAUACUCGUUCAAACAAUACUUCCAAGCCAAGCCACUCAGUCGAUGCUCACACUGCUGAAGUGAACUGCCUGUCUUUCAAUCCUUACAGUGAGUUCAUUCUUGCCACAGGAUCAGCUGACAAGACUGUUGCCUUGUGGGAUCUGAGAAAUCUGAAACUCAAGUUGCAUUCCUUUGAAUCACAUAAGGAUGAAAUAUUCCAAGUUCAGUGGUCACCUCACAAUGAGACUAUUUUGGCUUCUAGCGGUACUGAUCGUAGGUUGAAUGUGUGGGAUUUAAGUAAAAUUGGAGAAGAACAGUCCCCAGAAGAUGCAGAAGAUGGCCCACCAGAGUUGCUGUUUAUUCAUGGUGGUCACACUGCCAAGAUAUCUGAUUUCUCCUGGAAUCCCAAUGAACCUUGGGUGAUUUGUUCUGUAUCAGAAGACAAUAUCAUGCAAGUGUGGCAGAUGGCAGAGAAUAUUUACAAUGAUGAAGACCCUGAAGGAAGUGUGGAUCCAGAAGGACAAGGAUCCUAGACAUGUCUGCACUUGUGAUUUAGACUCCCCUUGUUUUCUUCUGAACCCUGAGAUGGAUUUAACACUGGUUUGAGACACAGACUUUGUUCAGCUAUCCGGCUACAAUAGGUGCCACCAACAAUACUAUUAGCCCAAACCAUGGGUGUUUUCUAAAUCUUAACUGGGGGGCUUAAUUCAACAAAGCCACAGACUUAUACUUAAAUUUUUCUUCAGGAAUUUUCUGGUAACAAACCCAGGUCUAAAAGUAGCUUCAGAAAUGGGGCAUUAUUAUGCGUGAUUAUUUUUCUAUAAAUAUUGUAAGAUGACAUCUUGCAAUAUUUAUACUCCUGGCUCGAACAGUUACUUCACUUAUUCCUUAUCCAUUCUGGCCACUUACUUGAGAAUCUGAAAAACUUGGGGAUAUAGCUUAAGAAGAAAAAUAAUCACACAUAAUAUGCCCCAUUUCUGAAGCUACUUUAGACCUGGGUUUAUUACUAGAAAAUUCCUGAAGAAAAAUUUAUAAAUUUAUAAAAAUGAAUAAAUUUUAUUCAGGAAUAAAAAUGACAUCUUGCAAUAUUUAUACUCCUGACUCAGACACCUACUUCACUUGGCUUUUGUUGUGUGCGGUUUUUUUGUUUUUGUUUUUGAAACUUGGGACCACCAAGUUGUGAGAUGUAUGUUUUUUAACUGACAGUCAUACCACUGGUAAACUGUCAAGUUGAGAAAGUGAAUUGCUAGUUUGUAUUGUUUUUAAAAUUAAAUUAAUCCUUGAUAAGAGUUGCUUUUUUUAGGAGUUAGUCCUUGACCACUAUAGUUUGAAGCCAUCUCCAUUUUGGUUGACCUGUCUCACCAUCAGGCCUGUUACUCUCUAUGACUAACUGUGUAAGUGCUUAUAAUGGAAUAAAUUGCUUUUCUAUGAA